UUUAAAUUGAAACGUGUGCAUAGACUUAUUGAACUGUAAACAACAGACUUUCGGGAAGAAAUCACCACACAUAGGGGUGAUUAAAACGUAGAUUGAUAAUACAUCGGAACUCGCUUUUGAAUAAAUAAAGGUGGUCGGGCUAUAUUUCAGACUUUUCCCAUUUAUUUUCUCCGUGUUUUCCGAAAUGUCUGGAGCAACUCGACAUGCAUCCAAAAGCAGUAGCACCGGAAACGAAGAGGACAGGAGGAACUGCUGGGUGUGCUUUGCAUCAGAUGAAGAUGACCGCAUGGCCCUGUGGGUGAAGCCCUGCAGAUGCAGAGGAACUACAAAAUGGGUGCACCAGACGUGUCUGCAGCGCUGGGUGGACGAAAAGCAGCAAGGCAACGCCAUGGCGCCCGUCCGCUGCCCGCAGUGCAACACAGAGUACAUUAUCAUCUUCCCACAAAUGGGUCCGGUGGUGAUGGUGAUGGACCUGAUUGAUGAGUUCAUCAGCCGCUCGUGCCCGUUCGUGGCCGCCGGCGUGGUGAUCGGCUCCGUCUACUGGACGGCCGUCACGUUCGGCGCUGUCACCGUCAUGCAGGUGGUGGGUCCGCGCCAGGGCCUGGCCGCCAUGGAGCAGGCCGACCCCAUCUUCCUGCUGGUGGGUCUGCCCACCAUCCCGCUGCUGCUCAUCAUGGCCAAGAUGGUGCGCUGGGAGGAGGCGGUGCUGCGCUUCCUGCGCUCCAGCGCCGUGCGGCUGCCGCUGCUGAAGCACCUGAUGCCGCCGCCCCCGCAGCUCGUCUCACCGGCGCAGCCGUACGUGGACACGCUGCCGCUCAACGACCCGGCGUCGGCGACGCGCGUGCUCUGCGGCGCGCUGCUCUUCCCCACAGUGGCCACGCUGGCCGGCAAGGCGCUGUUCGAGAGCGUGCCCAGCCGGCUACAGCGCACGCUGCUCGGCGCCGCCGCCUUCGUGGCCGUCAAGGGGGCGCUGAAGAUCUACCACAAGCACAAGCAGCUCAUCAGGCUGAGCCUGAGACAGGUGCUGAACUUUGACGACGAGAACGCAGUGAACAUCCGACAACGUCAGGCGCGGGAGAACGGCAACAGCGAACGACGGGAAAACGCACAGUGAGCGGUACUGAACGACGGGAAAACGCCCAGUGAACAGUACUGAUCAUCAGUGAAAAGUGCUGAACGGUGGAUAACACCAAGUGAACAGCCGAACAGCGGGAAAACGCCCAGUGAGGCAGUGAGCACUGCUAGACGUUGGGAACAUGCCCAGUGACCUAUGCUUAUUGGCGGGGAAACGUUCAGUGAGGUGUGCAAAACUGCGGGAAAACGCCCAGUUAGGGCUUCACCGAGAGCAGCAAAACUUAAUCUGCCUGCUGGGGCGUCCUUGCUGCACUGGUCGGGAAGCAGUGCCGGCGCCUCUAGCCGUUCUAAGUGUGAACACUGGGCGUAAUGGCAGGAGUCUGCACUACGACUCGCCGUUCGCAGCGCGGCAGGCCGUGAAAUGUCGCUCGAACACUCGGGCCGUGUUGUCAGCGGCUUGUGUAGAGAUAACUCGGUAAUCUGGACGCAGACGGGACGCGAUUGCAGCGCGUCCCUGAUGAUGAAUUGUGCGUGGUGUUGCUCGCUUUCUCCAUGUAUGCUUGUAAGCCACAUGACGUGAUAACGAUAUAGAAUCCUGUGUACGGGACGAUAGGCGUAGUCGUUAGAAUAUGAUGGGCUGGCACAUGCUGAAUUCAAGGUGUUCUCUGUAUUGAGCACUAGGCGUGCUUAUGACUAAGAGGCCUGGAAGCAUGAUUCUCUGGCAACGUGAUCACGUCUGUAGUUCUGCAAACGCUGGUACAAAUGAUAACGGUAGAGCAAUGGAUUGAUGGGCGUUAUGUUCAAUGUUUUGAAUUUGAACAGAGUGCUGCGCGCGCGGUGCGACAGCUGCUGUUAGCGCCAUGUAAGUUGUAACGUCAGGUGGUGUAUGAUGGCGUCUGAUGCGAAUUAACCUAUCGGUCCAGAUGCUACGCCGCGCAGAGCAGCGUCAUCUGUGACCUCUGGCCGAUGUUGUACAUUACUGACGAGCGACCCGAGUCGUCGAAAGCCUCCGCUAGCUGUACAAGAGAGUAUCUUGUCUCCGAAUUACGCGGCCCAGGUCGCCACUGCAGCUUCUGGAAAGUUAUGGAUGUUUGAUGUGUCAAGCCUGGCCAAGCCAAUUCUGAAGUAAAACCAUGUGACUUGAUCCUAAUCUUACACCGUACAAGUUGUGUAUAGCUUACGGUGUGCUCGGAGCUUCUCGCAUCUUAUGUGGAUUAAGUUUCAGUGCGGGGAUUUUACGUUCCGUGAGAAGGUUAUCCAAUUUAUUCACGUUUGGCGCAGGAUCAGCGUACUCGUUUAAGAAGUCUUAUUCAAUAUUCGUUCUUUCAUCGAUUAAUACAGCUGAUACAUUGGAAAUGUG